AUGGACCUACUUUCAAAGAAAGAUCUUACAAAGGAUGAGUACAUCUUAGCCCACGUUCUCUUCAUCUUCGGAAUGAAGAAACUGGGAGGUGAAAAGAUCUCAAAGAUCAUACAAAACGAAGAAAACAAGACUGCGUUUAAGGAAUUCUACAACAUCGGACCCUUCCUGUUCGCCAUCUCAUCAGGAGAUAGUGUUAGUUUCCAGAACGAUGUGCCUCCUCUGGACAAGCUUAAGAAAAAGGUAGUGCUAGUAAUCAAAGCUAGACAAGACAAGACUGUCGACAUCACUGAUUCAAAUGUCGCCAAGGAGGUUAUCAUGAUGGAAGUCAACAGAAGCAUCCUAGAGAAUCUCUACCUCAUCUGUCAAGAGGUUUACAUGCCUGUUCUUGGAAACCCUCUAAACUAGAUUGGGUGGUCAGAUCUAGUGUCUAAGGACCUCAUGGAUAAGUUCCACAACUUCCUCGCCCACACCUACGUCACUAUCGGUCAAAUCAAGGGCAGAACUCUGCUUCCCCUUCCCCCCAACGAUGUCACUUCCUCAGAGAAGACAUCCAGCAAAGACAAGGCUCACAUUCUUGAAGGCGCUAUUAUUACCUGGACCAAGCAAAUCAAGAACGUCCUCAAGCAAGAUCCUGAGAGUGCUCUCAAGGGAGACAAGCACCCAGAUCCAAACACCGAAAUUGAGUUCUGGAAGAACAAAUCAGAUAACUUGAAUUCAAUUUGCGACCAAAUGAACUCUGAGAGAAUCAAGAAAGUCCUCAAGUUCUUAGAACAAAACAAGUCCACCUACACUGGUCCCUUCAGUAAACUCCAAAAAGAAGUACAAACCGCUAAAUCUGAAGCUAACGAAAACUAUAAGUAUCUCUUAACCCUCAGACCUCUGUUCGAUCAGUUGACUGACAGCGGUAAGGAUUUCACUGAGAUCCCAGAUCUAUUCCCACAAAUCAUGCACGUUAUCCUCUUGAUCUGGAAAUACUCACCUAACUACAACACUCCAUCAAGACUUGUUGUCUUGAUUAGAGAGAUCUGCAAUGCCAUCAUCAACUAAUGCAGAAACUUCAUUGAUGGAGAGAAGAUCUUCGGCUACAUCAAGAACGAAGAGCCAAAGGAAGCUCAUGACAAGCUAACCCUCGCUCUAGAUGUAUGUUCCAAGUUCAAGGACGCCUACUUCGAGUACAAAGCCAAGGCUCAAAACACAUGGAAAAUCACAACUAACGCACUCUUUGUAAGAUUAGAUUCUUUCUCAGAGAGAUGCCAAGACAUCAUGCACUUGACCAGCACAAUCAUUCAGUUCAACAAGUUGCAAAAGAUUGAAAUCGGUAACACCAAGGGUAAGCAACUCACCUCAUCAGUCAUCUAAAUCUUCGACGAAUUCAACAAAGCCGUUGACGAAUUCACAAUGGUCUCAUACGACAUUAUGGACAUUGAGAAGAGACAGUUUGAUGAUGACUUCUACAAAUUCAGAGGCAGAAUAAAGGAGCUCGAAAGAAGACUCGGUUCAAUCCUCACUCAAGGUUUCGACGAUUGUGACACCAUUAUUGGCAAAUUCAAGCUUUUGGACUCAUUUGAAGGUCUUUUGAACAGACCAAUCAUUUAAGAUGAACUUGAAAAGAAACAUAUUACUCUUUUGGAAUUAUAUAAGCAAGAUCUUAAGACUGUUCAGUCAAUCUUCCUGGAAGGAAAGGCUUUAGUAGAUAAGAUAGAUGAAAAAGCACCUAUUCCAAACAACUUACCACCUAUUGCUGGUGCUCUUAACUGGACCAACGGUCUAUUCGAAAGAAUCAAGGAGCCAAUGGAGCGACUUUCCACUCUUUCACAGUCAAUCUAAGACAGAGAAGAGUACAAAGAUGUUUAAAAGCUAUAUGCUUCAAUCUGCAAAAACCUCAGAGAAUUUGAGGACCAGAAAAUUAAACAAUGGGAGCAAGGUGUUGAAGAAUCAACUGAUGACAAACUUAACCAGUUCCUCCUCCACAGAGAUGAGUCUGAUAACUCAGAAGAGGGAUACCUUAAAGUUAACUUCGACCCCGUGUUAGUUAGACUGCUUAGAGAAGUCAAAUAUUUGUCACUUUUGGAUAUCGACGUUCCCGAAAGAGCUUCCAAGCUUUAUAUUAAAGUUAAUGUCUACAGAAGCUAAACAGGUAAUCUCGAACUCAUCGUUAACAUGUAUAAUGAAAUUCUCGCCACCCUUUUACCAGUUGAAAAGCCACUACUUGCAGACAGAAUUGAUAGAAUCAACAAAGCCCUUCAACCAGGUAUUGACCAACUCAGAUGGAACUCACCAAACAUCGAUCCAUUCAUCAAUCAAUGCAUGAUGAUUGUUAAAGAAGUCGAUGAACUCGUGAAAAAGAUGAAGGAAAAUGUCAAGAAGAUGCAAGAAAUGAUGAAUAAAUGGGAGAAAUCACUCUUCGAGAGAAGAAACAAGCCCAUGCCACCCGAUGAUCUAGAACAAACUCAUCAGAGUACUGUUAUGCCAAGACUUGAAGAUAUUAGAAACAAUGGUAAAGAAAUUCAUAGACUUAUGAAGGAUACUGCAGAUAACAUUAAGCCUGAUAAGAAAUCACCAACAUGGCUUGCCUACAUCGACUACGUCAACGGUUUAGUCAUUGAAGGUAUCACCAAGGGUAUCAAUGGAUCAAUGAACUACCUUUCAGAUCAGAUCAACAUUCACUAUAACAAACACCACCAACUUCCACCAAUGUUCGACAUCAAGGUUGAACUCAGAGACAGAGAAGUUAAAUUCGACCCACCCAUUGAGAGCACAUACAGACAAAACGGUAUCAGAGACAUCAUCAUGAAAAUCGUGAACGACUUCAUUUCACUUGCCAUUCAGAUGCCAAGACUCGACACCAACAAUGGAGAUUACUUGGUCGAAAUCAAGGAUCAGUUCGAUCUCUUCUGCUCAAUGCAAGUCAUCAACAACCACCUCUAUGAAAUCGAAGAGGCCACUCAAAACUUCAUCCUUCAAUACAAGGAACAAGAGUUCCUCUGGAAGGAAACCCUUGCUGCUAGCUUCACUGCUUUCCUUGAACUUGGAGAUGACCCAAGAGAGAAAUCUAAGGGCAGCAAAAAGACCAACGCUGACGGAGAGGAGGAAGAGGAUGAGACAUUCAAAUGGAUGGCUGACAAGAUCCUCCAAGGAGUUCAAACAAAGAAACCAAACCUCGACUUAUUCGAUGAGAAGAUUACCUAUCUUACCAAGGUUAAACACCAAAUUUCAGAGAUGAAACAAACUGUUGAUAUCGGCUGGUUGAAGGUUAACUCAGUUCCUCUUAUCAAGGACUUAAACAGAAUCGUGCAAGACUGGAUUGAGCAAUACACCAGUUUCUUGCUCCAAAACACUUUGAUCGAAAUCACCAACAUCCAGAAGUUCAUUGACGAGGUCACCUCAGGUAUCAAAGUGCUACCAGAAGGUUCAGAGACCAAGAGAGAGAAGGAACUGCUUAUGCAAGUCAUGACUCACUUGAGAGAUGUCAAGAUGAUCAAGGAUAGAACCCUAGACGAAAUCGAGCCAAUGAAACAAACCAUCAUGCUCCUCAAGAAGCAUCAAGUCAAGAUGGAGGACGACUACCUAGUCAAACUUGAAAACUCAAAGACUGCUCUCGUUGAAGUCAGUGAAAAGGCACUUGGCCCAGUCAAGGAAGCCAUCCUACCUCUUCAAAACCAAGAAGCUGGAAACAUCAAGAAAAAGCUUUCAGACUUUGCCAAGAGAGUCAUGGAAUUCAGAGUCAAGUUCCAAAACAACUGUCCAUACCACGUUGAAGACUCCUCAAUUCAAAUCAUUGAUAAUGCUUACGCUGUGAUUAGUCAAUUCUUUGACGAGACCGGAGAAAUGGAAGAAGAUGCUAGAUCUCUUAACAACUUAGAGACUCUCUUCGAUCUCCAAAAAUCAUCCUACAAGCAAUUGAAAGACUGCAAAAAUGAGCUACUCUCCCUUAAAUACAUGUGGGAUCUCAUUUCACUUAUUGAUUUACAAUUCGAAGCCUGGAAGUCAACUCUCUGGGACAAGAUCGACACAGAUCAACUUAUGCAAUUGAUUAAGGAAAUGCAGACCAAGCAAACCAAUCCACAAAACCCAUAAAACAAGGAAAUCAAAAACUGGAAAGCAUUCACUGCUCUCAACGAUAGAGUCAAGAACAUGAACACUAUCCUUCCAUUGAUUUCUCAACUUCACUCUAAAUUCAUGCAAGACAGACAUUGGAAGAAACUGAUGAAGAUCACAGGCAAGUCCAUCAACUUCAACUCUCCAAACUUCUGUCUCGAAGACCUCAUUAAGCUCCAACUUUACAACUACUCAGAAGAGGUCACUGAAUUGGUCGACGGAGCCCAAAAGGAGGCAAAGAUCGAGACCAACCUCGCCAAGAUUGAAAGAAUCUGGGAGGAACAGAAAUUCGAGUUCAAGGACUACAAGGACACUCAAAUCCUCGGAGCUCUUGAUGAAAUCGUCGAGUUUGUCGAAACCCACUCUAUGGAACUAAUGGGAAUGAUGUCUUCUAAGGAUGUUGAAGAAUUCAAGGAGAAAGUGCUCCACUGGCAAAAGACACUCAAGACUGUUGACUCAGUCAUCUAAAUUUGGGUUAAGGUGCAAAAGAACUGGCAAAGACUCGAACCCAUCUUCUUGGCAUCAGAAGAUAUCAGAGCUCAACUACCAGACGAUACCAAGAGAUUCGAAAAGAUCGAUAUCGAAUGGAAAGACAUGAUGAGAGAGGCCAGUGAGGAACCAGGAGUUAUCCAAGCUGCCACUUAUGAAGGAAGAGAAGAACUUCUUAACACUUUCUUCUCAGAAAUUGAACUUUGCGAGAAAGCGCUGAACGAAUAUCUUGAGCAAAAGAAAAAGAUCUUCCCAAGAUUCUAUUUCGUCUCUAACUAAGCUCUUCUUGAUAUUCUGUCAAACGGUAACAACCCAGAAAAGGUCGACGAGUAUCUAGGAGAUUGCUUCGAUGGUAUGAAGGGACUAGACUUCAUAAAAGGACCAGGCGAAGUUGUUCCAGCAAAGAGAGCAAAGGGUAUGUGGUCUAAAGAGAAGGAAUACGUUGCAUUUGCUGAUCCAUUCGUUUGCAAUGGUGCUGUAGAAAACUAUCUCUGCGAUCUUGAAAAGAAGAUGCAAGUUACUCUUAGAGAUAUACUUGAAAUUGCCAAAGGAACUGCUGACCUCUGGGAGCUAGAGAAGAAGAGGCAUGAAUGGCUAGAAGACUACUGCGCUCAGAUCUCACUUCUCGGUACUCAAAUCCUCUGGACUGAAGGAGUCUCAAGAGCAUUCGAUGAACUAGAAGGAGGUAGUGAAGGUGCUAUGAAGGAUUACCUAACCACCAUUCUCCUCGGUAUCAAGUACUUGAUUGAUAGAGUUAGACAAGAUCUUUCAUCAGAACUCAGAAUCAAGAUUAUUACCAUCAUUACUAUUGACGUCCAUGGAAGAGAUGUCGUUGACAACUUCUGUCUUAAGAGAAUCCAAGACUCACAAGCCUUUGCUUGGUAAUCUCAACUUAAGUUCUAUUGGGAAAUGAAACCAUAAUCCAAACCAGAUGAUAAGAAGACUUGUAUCUCAAGAAUUUGCGAUUGGAUGACUCUUUACAACUACGAGUAUGUUGGUAACUGUGGUAGAUUGGUUAUUACUCCCCUUACUGAUAGAUGUUAUAUCACUCUUACUUAAGCCCUUAACUUAACUAUGGGAGGUGCUCCAGCUGGUCCAGCCGGUACUGGUAAAACUGAGACAACUAAGGAUCUCGGAAGAGCCCUGGGUCUAUAAGUCGUCGUCUUCAACUGUUCAGAUCAAAUGAACUAUCAAUCUAUGGCUCAAAUUUUCAUGGGUCUCGCCUAAACUGGUUCUUGGGGUUGUUUCGAUGAGUUUAACAGAAUCUCAAUUGAAGUGUUGUCUGUGGUCUCCACUCAAGUCAAGUACGUCCUUGACGCCCUAAAGGAAAUGAAGCACAACCCAGCCAAGAACAUGUUUAUGUUCCAAGAUGAGGAAAUUCAACUUAAAAUCACUGUCGGAUUCUUCAUUACUAUGAAUCCAGGUUAUGCUGGUAGAACUGAAUUGCCAGAAAACUUGAAGGCCCUUUUCAGAUCCUGCGCUAUGGUCGUCCCAGAUAUCGUGCUUAUUUGCGAAAACAUGCUUAUGUCUGAAGGUUUCACCUCAGCCAAGGAUCUAUCAAAGAAGUUCAUGACCCUCUAUGAUCUUGCUAAGAGUUUGUUGUCCAAGCAAAUCCAUUAUGAUUGGGGUCUCAGAGCUGUGAAGUCUGUGCUUAGACAAGCCGGUAAACUGAAGAGAGAAGAUCCAGAUAUCUCAGAAGAUCCAAUUCUCAUGAGAGCCUUGAGAGAUUUCAACUGGCCUAAGAUCGUCGUCGAUGAUAGACAAAUCUUCUUGGGUCUUAUCAAGGAUCUCUUCCCAGGUAUUGAAGCUGAGUCAAAAGUUAAUCAAGAACUUAAUAAAUCAGUAAGCAAAGUAGCUAAAGCUGCAGGUCUUCAAUCAGAAGAAGGUUUCGUUUUGAAGUGUGUGCAACUUGCCGAAAUUCUCGAAGUGCGUCACUGCUGCUUCAUUAUUGGUAACUCAGGUUGUGGUAAAUCAGCUGUAUGGAAGACAUUAGCUGCUGCUAUUGCCAGUCAAGGAAAUGAGACCAUUUAUGAUAUCACUGAUCCAAAGGCUGUUACAUCAGAUGAGCUUUUCGGUUGCAUGAACCCUAAGACCAAGGAAUGGAAAGAUGGAGUAUUGUCUGUCAUAAUGAGAGAUAUGAACAAAAACAAUGGACCAUACAGACCAACUCAAUUCUACAAGUGGAUUAUUCUCGAUGGUGAUGUAGACCCUGAGUGGAUUGAGUCCCUUAACACUGUCAUGGACGAUAACAAAGUGCUUACUCUUGUGUCCCAAGAGAGAAUCCCACUCACUCCAGAAAUGAGACUCUUACUUGAGGUCUCCAACUUGAGAAACGCCACUCCUGCCACUGUCAGCAGAGGUGGAGUCCUGUUUAUCAACGAUACUGAUGUCGGCUGGAAGCCAUACUUCGAGUCUUGGAUGCAAAAGUUCAAGAAGAAGAAUGAUGAGUACGCCAUGAACGUCUUCACUCUUGCCCUCGCCUAAUAUCUAGGUGACACCUUCCUCGAAGACCAAAAGGGAAGAGAAAAGAUUGCUCCUACUUGUGAUAUGGCUCAAAUUCAAACUUUGACUUGCAUCAUUGAUGCUCUUUACAACGAUCUCUAUUCAAGAAAAGACUAUCACGAUCAAAUCAAGUAACUCAAGGAAGCUGGUAAAGAAGAAGAAAUCAAACAAAUCUAUGAAGCUUACUUUGUGUUUGCUGUUAUGUGGAGUUUCGGUGCCCCACUUACUGAAGACAAGAUUUCCUUCAAUGGAUACAUCAAAGCUCAAUCAAAGAUUAAGUUCCCAGAAUAAGGUCUCUGCUUCGAUUACUACUACGACCCAAUUAGUCUUGGAUGGGUUCACUGGAGCACAAAGGUUAAGAAGUAUGAGCCUGGAGAUGGUCUAUUCCUCAAUAUUGUCGUCCCAACUGCUGAAACCACUAGACAAAGAUUCAUCCUAGACAUGCACGUAAAAGCUAAGAAGGGUGUUCUCUAUGUCGGUUCUGCUGGUACUGGUAAGACCACUAUUAUCAAGGACUACUUCUCAACUCUCGACAAAGAAUAUGUCCUCAAUGCCUCAAUCAACUUCAACAGUUAUACUGAUUCCAAGGCACUUCAAGUCGUUAUUGAGUCAAACGUCGAUAAGAGAGCUGGUAAGACCUUCGGUCCCCCACCCAACAAGACUCUCAUCUAUUUCAUGGACGAUCUUAACAUGCCAUACGUCGAUAAGUACGGAACUCAAUCCCCCAUCUGUCUGAUCAGACAAAUCAUUGAUUACGGUAUUAUCUAUGAUAGAGAUCACUUAGAAGAGAAGAAAUACUUGGUUGACUGCAUGUUUACUGCUUGUAUGAAUCCAAAGUCUGGUUCUUUCUUCGUCGAUAUCAGACUCAGCAGACAUUUCUCCCUCUUCUCAUGCCUGACUGCUGAGAAAGAAAUCCUCACCACUAUCUAUCAUCAAAUCUUAGAUUCACACUUGUGCACAUUCGACGCACAAUGCGCAAACUUGACACCAAAGAUCAUCAACGCUACUAUGACUGUCUUCUUGGCCAUCGCUACAUCACCACAGUUUAUGCCUACAGCUAAGAAGUUCCAUUAUCAGUUCAACUUGAGAGACUUCUCCAAGAUUGUUCAAAACACCAUGCUCGCUCAGGCAGCUCACUACAGAGGCAACUCUCUCGGAUUAAUCAGACUCUGGGCUCAUGAGUGCAUGAGAGUCUUCUACGAUAGACUCAUCUUUGAUGAAGAUAGAGAAGUAUUCAUGGGAUUUUUCAAGAACUCUCUCAGAGAAUUCGAGUUCAAGGAAGACCAAAUUCUUGAAUUGCCAAACAUUUACACUUCAUUCGUUUCAGCUUCAGAGGGUCACGAAAAAGCUUAUCUUCCAAUCAGAGACAUGCAACACUUGAAGAAUGUACUUGAAAACAAACUUGCUGAGUACAAUGAGCAAGUCUCCUCAAUGAACCUCGUGCUUUUCGAUCAAGCUAUGGAGCACAUUUCCAGAAUCGCUAGAAUUAUUGACUUACCAGUAGGAAACGCACUUCUAGUCGGAGUCGGUGGUUCAGGUAAGCAAUCACUGUCCAAGCUGUCUGCCUUCAUCUUAGGUUAUGAUGUCGUCAGAAUCGUCGUCACCACCAGUUACAACAUGGCUGACCUCAAAACUGAUAUCCAAAACAUGUAUCAAAAGGCUGGAGUCACUGGAUCUCAAAUCCUCUUCAUCUUGACUGACUCUCAAAUUACUGAUGACAAGUUCCUCGUUUACAUCAAUGAUAUCCUUUCAUCUGGUUGGAUUCCAGAAUUGUUCCUGAAAGACGAGCUCGAUGGUAUCUUAGGUAAAGUAAGAGCUGAAGCCAAGAAUGCAGGUUACCUCGACACCCCAGAUCAACUCUUCGAUUUCUUCAUGGACAAAGCAAGAAAGAACUUCCACAUGGCACUUUGUUUCUCCCCAGUCGGAGAUACCUUCAGAUUCAGAGCCAGAAAGUUCCCAGGUAUUAUCAACUGUACCUCAAUGGAUUGGUUCCACGAGUGGCCAAGAGAUGCCUUGAUUGAUGUCGCCACCAGAUUCCUGAAUGACGUUGAAUUACCAUUCGAUGAACUCAGAGACCAAAUCGCCAACCACAUGGCAGAAGUCCAUCUUUCAAUUGGUGAAGCCAACUUGGACUUCUUACAAAUGGAGAGAAGAUUCAACUAUACCACUCCCACUUCUUAUCUCGAGCUUAUCAGCUUCUACAAAAUUUUACUUGACAAGAAGAGAGACAAGAUCUCAGAUCAGAUCAACAGACUCGAAAUCGGUCUUCAGACCAUGAAGAGCACCACUGAACAAGUCGAGGGUCUGCAGAAGUUGCUCGAAAUUAAGAUGGUCGACGUAGAGAAGGAGAAAGAAAAGACCAACGAACUUAUUGAAAUCGUCGGAAGAGAGUCACUCGACGCCGAAAGAGAACAAGACAUUGCCAGAGCUCAAGAAGACGAAACUUCAAAGCUAGCUCAAAAUGCAGAAAACGAAAAGGGUAAGGCUAACAAGGAGCUUGAAGAAGCCGUUCCUGCCAUGAAGGCUGCUGAGGAAGCCGUCGCUUGUCUUGAUAAGAAAUCAAUUCAAGAGCUUAAGUCUCUUGCCAACCCACCUGCUCAAGUGUUCGACGUAUCAAAGGCUGUUCUGCUAUUGAAAGGAGAGAAGAAGAACUUCGCUUGGGCCAACGCUCAAAAGAUGAUGAAUAACCCGCAAAAGUUCAUUGAAGAUAUCUAGGCAUUCGAUGGUUCUAACAUCGAUCAAUGGAUUCUAGAUCAACUUGCCCCAAUCAUUAAGCAAGAGCAUUUCACUUUCGAAAUCAUGAAGGGCAAGUCACUCGCUGCUGCCUAUCUCUGUAAGUGGAUCUGUAACGUCGUUAUCUACAACACAAUCUACAAGAAGGUCAAGCCUCUCAUGGAUACCGCCGAAGCUGCAGAAGCCAUUGCUAACGAAAAGAGAGCUGAGCUCGCUAUUGUCCUCGAAAGAGUCAGAAUCAUUAAUGAAAAGGUCGAUGCUCUUAAGCAAAAACUGUUUGAAGCCGAAGAAGCUAAGAGAAGAGUGGAGGAAGAAGCUCAGAGCUUGUAAGAUCAACUCAACUUGGCUAACAGACUUACUGGAGGUCUCGCUGAUGAAAACAAAAGAUGGGGAGAGAACGUGACAACCUACAAGCACGAGAGAAUCACUAUGAUUGGAAACGCCCUAGUCUCAGCUGCUUUCGUCUCAUAUAUUGGACCAUUCUCAUUCCCCUUCAGACAAAGACUAUGGAAGGACACCUGGAUUCCAGAUAUUAUCUCAAAGAAGAUUCCAUUCACUGAGGGAGUUGACCCACUUAAGGUACUUGCCAAUGAUGCUGAUCAAGCCAAAUGGAAGACUGAAGGUCUUCCAGCAGAUAGAGUGUCUCUUGAAAACGCCUCAGUCAUCGUCUCAUGUAAGAGAUAUCCACUAAUGAUCGAUCCUCAACUCCAAGGACAAAAGUGGAUCAGAGGUAGAGAGGGUAACGAACUCCAAGUUAUUCAACUCUCGCAAAGAGGUUGGUUAAAGAAAGUCGAAAUGGCUGUCACCAACGGUUCAGUCCUUAUGAUUGAAUCCUUAGGUUAAGAAAUCGAUGCAAUCUUGGAUCCUCUUCUUUCUAGACAGUUUGUGAAGAAAGGUAAGAUGUUCACAGUUAAACUCGGAUCCGAAGAUGUUGAACUCUCACCAACAUUCAAGCUUUACUUGCAGACAAAACUCUACAAUCCUCAUUACAAGCCAGAAACAGCUGCUCAGUGUACCAUCAUUAACUUCAUCGUCACAGAGGGAGGUCUCGAAGAUCAACUUCUAGCUAUGGUCGUCAGAGUAGAGAAACCAGAUCUCGAGCAAACUAAGGAAGAGCUUGUGAACAAGCAAAAUGCUUUCUAAAUUGAUUUGGCCAAACUUGAGGAUGAACUACUCAAGAACUUGUCAGACGCUGACCCAGCUACCAUUCUCCAGAACAAAGAUUUGAUUGAGUCUCUUGAAAACACAAAGAAAACUUCAACUCAAAUUCAAAAGCAAUAAGCUGAAGCCAAAGAAACUGAAAUCAAGAUUAACUUCCUCAGAGAAGUCUACAGAAGAGUCGCUGCAGAGGGUGCCAUGCUUUACUUCUUACUUAUUCAACUCUGUAUUGUUGAUCACAUGUAUCAGUACUCUCUAGAGUCCUUCGUUACUUUCUUCUUCAAGGCCAUUGAAAAGACUGAAUAAUUCGAUGAAGAAGAGCCAAGAGUGUUAGCUCUUAGAGAAAUGAUCAGAAUGACCAUCUAUCAAUGGGUAUCCAGAGGUCUGUUCGAAAAGCAUAAGCAAAUCUUCUUGGGUCAACUUACAUUCAGACUCAUGCAAAAGAGCAUCCUUGAAGUUGACUAUACCCUCUAGCAAAUGAGUUUCCUACUAAGAUGCCCAAUUAAGACUGACUCAGUCAAUCCACUCAAAGAAUGGCUUCCAGAUCUCGCUUGGUACAGUGUCCAAAGACUUAUUGAAAUUGAAGGAUUUGAAUCAUUCGCUCAAAACCUUGAAAAAGAAGCCCCAACUAGAUUCAGAGAUUGGUACAAUGAACUCUAACCAGAGAGCGAGAAACUUCCACUAGACUGGAAGAAACUCGAGACCAUGCCAUUCCAAAAGUUAUUGGUUAUCAGAUGUCUCAGACCAGACAGAAUCACCACUGCUCUUGAUAACUUCAUUAGAAGAACUAUUCCAAACGGAAACAAAUAUGUAGAUUGCGAUUCUACAAGCAGUUUCUUCUAAGUAUUGGUAUCAGCUUACUUGGAUUCAACUCCAACCACACCAAUCUUCUUCAUCUUGUCCCCAGGAGCCAAUCCAGUUAAGGAUGUAGAACAACUUUGCAGAAAGAACGGUGUUGACCCCAACAAAUAUCUUCACACUGUCGCCCUCGGCCAAGGUCAAGAUAUCGUAGCCAUGAACAAACUUGAAAUCGGCCACAAGGAAGGUCACUGGGUCAUGUUGCAAAACAUUCACUUGAUGCCCAGAUUCUUGAUUGAACUCGAAAAGAAACUUGAUGUUUAUGCCGUUGAGGGAUCCCACCCCAACUUCAGACUCUAUUUGUCUUCAGAUCCAAGCAAUGAAAUUCCAAUUGGUCUUCUUGAGAGAUCAAUUAAGUUGACAAACGAGCCUCCUCAAGGUCUCAAGCAAAACAUGAAGAGAGCCUUCACCUUCUUCACCAAGGAAGAUAUUGAGGAUAAAGAUCCAAAGAUCAAGACCAUUCUCUUCGCUCUCUGCUAUUUCCAUUCAGUCAUGAUUGAGAGAAGAAAGUUUGGACCUAAAGGUUGGAACAUGCAUUAUCCAUUCAACAUGGGAGAUCUUAGAGAUUCAGCUAUCGUACUUCAAAACUAUAUGGAGCAAAACGCUGCAAGUGGAAAGAUUCCAUGGGAUGAUCUUAGAUACAUUUUCGGAGAGAUCAUGUAUGGAGGUCACAUUGUCGACGAUUGGGACAGAAGAUUCUGUAGCGCUUAUCUAGAGAACCUCAUGCAAGAUACCCUUCUUGACGAGGCAGAGCUCUUCCCCUUCAUUGAAGGCAAGGGUAUUACCUUCAAAUGUCCUCCACCUCUCGGCUAUGAGAAAUAUAUUGAAUAUCUUGAGACAGAGGUGCCAGGCGAGACUCCUCUUGCUUUCGGUAUGCAUCCAAAUGCUGAAAUCGAUUUCAGAACCAACCAAUGUGUUGUGCUUUUCAGAACACUUGUCGAACUCCAACCAAAGGAUUCAGGCAGCUCCGGAGAAGGAGGCGGUGGCGGAAAGCAAGAAAAGAUCCAGGAGUUCAUGCACAGAGUUAACGACGAAGUCCAACUCGACCAGAACAAGCUGAACAUUGAGGAUAUUGCCUCAAAGAUGACUGAUGAGAGAGGUCCUUACCAAAACGUGUUCCUCCAAGAGUGCGAGGUCAUGAACGUGCUCAUCAAUGAAAUCCUAAGAUCACUGCAAGAAAUCGAGCUAUCAUUCAAGGGAGAGCUGACAAUGACUGAGAAGAUGGAGCAACUUAUGGACGCUAUUUUCCUUGAUAAAGUGCCAGCCACCUGGGCUAAACUUGCCUUCCCCUCAACAAGAGGACUCGGCUCAUGGCUCGACAACUUAAAACACAGACUCGAUCAACUCAACCUCUGGAAAGAAGACCCAUCAAAGGUCCCAACUGUUAUCUUCUUGAACAGACUCUUUAACCCACAGUCAUUCUUGACUGCCAUCAAGCAAGUGUACGCCAGAGACAAGCAACAAGAGUUGAACAGACUUUACAUCCAAACCGAUAUCACCAAGAAACUCUAUUGGGAGCAAGAUCUACCACCUGUUAAGGAAGGAGCUUACAUUUUUGGAUUCCACGUAGAAGGUGCAAGAUGGGAGUCAUCAGUAGGUCAACUUGAGGAGAGUUUGCCCAAGAAGCAAUUCAGUGUAGUGCCAGUUGUCAACUGCAGAGCUCAACUCAUCCCAACUGACGGUAAGGAAGAAAAAGGUGUGUAUCAAUGCCCAGUUUAUAAGACUGAAACCAGAGGUGCCACUUACGUCUUCACUGCCCAACUAAAGACCAAGGCUCCACCUCAAAAGUGGAUUCUGGCUGGAGUCGCUAUUAUUCUUGAUGUUGAAGGUGUCGCAGAUGCCUACGCUCCAGGUAAAGAAAUUGGUCUCGCAUGA